AUGGAUAAACAGCCCACAGUGGUGUUUCGAAAUGUGGGGCAGCUGUACUUUCCCCAAACCAGAGUGGAGUGUCACUACAGUCUGACCUCUGACCAUCAGUGGAACAGCACUGACUGGAUAGGAAUUUUUAAGGUGGGCUGGUCUUCAGUGAAAGAGUAUUACACUUACACAUGGGCACUUGUUCCUGAAGGCUACACUGAACAAAGUGAUGUCAACUGCUAUGCACUUUUUCAGGCAUUUUACCUGCCACGCCCCAGUGAUGUGGAGUACCAGUUUGUGUAUGUGGAUAAGAGGGGAGAAGUUUGUGCCUCUAGUCGGCCCUUCACUUUUUGUGCUCCCAAGCCGCUGGAUGAGUUGGAGACUAUGAAAGAGGACAGAGAGGAGGAAGAGGGAGAGGAGGAAGAGGGAGAGGAGGAGCUGCUCCUGGUCAUUCCCAGGGCUCAGCUGCUGCAGAGUCGGCUGGAGGAUUGCCUGAAAGAACAAGCAGAGUUACAACAGGCUGUGAAUGUGGCCAAAAAUGAGGCAGAGAAAGAAAGAGAGAACUGCAAAAAAGCAAAGAUGGAGUGGGAGUGGGAGAGAGAAGCGAUGAAGGAGGAGUUUUCAGAGCUUAGACAAAAUCUGAGGCUCCAGUGUGAGAUGUUGAAUAACAUAAAGGGAAAACAUGAGGAUGUGAAAUAUAGUCAAGAAAAUCUUAACUCAGAGCUUACUAAAGUUUUGGAUGAAAAAGCUGAGAAUCAGCAGCGAAUCAAAGACCUGGAGGACAACAUCAAGGUCUUGACUGACAGGGAGAUUGAGAAAAUAGAUGAAUUGGAAAGGCUGAAGGAAAGAUUGAAGAAAAUGUCCAAUCAAAUGAAACAUGAUGAGGAAAAGAGAAAGACUCUGCAGAUGGAGAAUGAGGCAUCUCUGUCAGAGGUGCGCGGGCUGCAGGAGCGUCUGGAGGCCAGCGAGCAUAUAGCCGAGAGCCUGCGCAGGGAGCUGAGGGAGCUGGGAGCCCGUCAGGGUUAUACCCACACCGAGCUGCACCAAGCCCGACUGCAAGUGGCCCAGCUCACCCUGCAGCUGUCCGAAGAGAACCUGGUCCUCAGAGAGGAGCGUGCCAACUGCGCCCUGGAGAGAGAGGCUUACAAACAUGCAGCAGAAGCUGACAAAAAGAAAUUACAAGACUUGAGCUGUGAGGUGCAGAGGAAGGAGCAGUGGCUACGGGAGGAGAGGAUGGAGAGGGAGAAACUAGAGAUGGAACUUGGGAGUGAGAAGGAUUGUAAUAAAGUGCUGCUGAGCGAUGCUAAGCGAGAGCUGCAGGAGAUGAAGGCCAGUGUGAGGAAGGCUGAGAAGGAGAGAGAAGAGAAGGAGAGAGAAGAGCAGCAGCUGGACAAACAGGCAAGGAUCUGUGGGUUUGAAAUUGCACAUUUACAGAGCGAGCUGAACUACAUCCGUCACUUAGAGCAGAAUUUUGGGGUUGGGCCAGAAGCUAAAUCAAACGGAGAAGUUCCCACAUCCAUUUCUCCUGGAUAUUCCUCUGAAGUUAAUGAGGAUGCCUCCCCGAGAUCAGUCCACUCGCCUCUUUUCCUGGUUCAACUUGACAGAGAUGGGAUCCUCGCUGGGACACACACCCAAAGCAAAAAAGACACAUCAGCGUCUGACACACAGGAUAAGAAGUGGCAGCAUUGUGAACCUCUAGUUAGAAGCAAGGACAAGCAGCUGAUCUUAGCAGAACUCGUCAACCCCGUCUUGAGUGAGCUAGCUGACUCCCCCAUGUGGUAACAUGAAGAAGGAUGGAUGGAGGGUAGGCUGCUGUAAUGUACUGUAUGUGGGUCAUCAGGACACCCAGUGAUGUUUGUAUUUCAAUUGAUUAUUCUAUUGUUGUUUUGAAGCUGUUUAUAGAUACAUUUUCCCUUACAAAGUUCAUAUUUAUAGUCACUUGUGAGAGCCUGUAUUCAAAGAAAACAUGGCACAAUUAGUAAGUCUUAAGUUCAGAUUUUUUGUGUAUUUGCUUUGGUACAAGGGCUGAGUUUUUCUUUUUCUUUGAUUUGAUUUAAAAUGUUUGUGGAAUCUAUUUAAACUUCGACUCCAUGUG